AAAACUUGUCAAACGAAGAGAGAACUUGGGAAGAAAUCAUGAAACUCAAGACUUUACCAGUCAGCAUGGCAGAAAAAAAGGAAAUGAAAGCUCGACUUCUGAGUGCUGAAACUUUUCGUCUGCAAGGAUUAGAUCAAUUAAGAUGGCAAAAGAAGAAGUGUUGUUUGCGGCUGAAGUUUUACUACAACCAGAUAAAUAGUUUUUUCAGCAUCUGGGACCUAAAACUGCGAAGAUUAGAGAAAGACUGUGGUACUGGCAUUGUUUCAUUUUUUACUUUUUUUAAGUCUCUUAUAUUUUUAAAUUAUGCAAUGUCCUGGUUCAUAAUUAAAUUACUUGUAAUUCCAGUUUAUUUUCUUCAGAAGCAUAAAAUUGAGGAAAACGAUAUUGCUGCUGAUAAUGAUAAUAGCACAGAAAUCAUUGACUUCUGUCCUAUAAUUUAUCAAAAUAUUUCAAAUUCAGCAGAGCUAAAUUUUGAUGUAGGUACAGUCUUUAGUUUUAUUCAGGGCACUGGCUGGAUCCAAUCCACGCCUCUGUUUUAUGGAAUGUAUCCUGCAGAAAGUAUUCCCCUUUUCAAUACUAGAAUAAAUCUUGCAAUAAUCUAUUUGGUUGUAUUAAUGUGUUAUCAUGCAGGCUUUUUUAUAGAUCUUGCCAAAAAAUUCAAAAAGAGCUUCAAGCAACGCCUGUUAAAAAAUCAAGGACAAUUUUAUUUGUACUGUAACCUUGCAUUCAGUAGUUGGGAUUUUAGCAUUGCCUCAAAAAAAGCAGCUCUUGCUCGUCACAAAUCUGUAUUUUCACUGGUGCGAGAAUUUUUGAAAAUCCAACGUCAGAAAGAUGACAAACAACACCAAACCACAGAUGAAAGCUGUAAGCUUCUAGUCAUUCGAUUUACAGUGAAUUUAAUUGUGCUACUGAUAUAUUUUUGCUCUGCUGCAAUAGUCUAUUACACUAUACAGCAUUGUACAUUAAUGAGGGACGUCACGCUAAAUUAUUAUCAAACUUUACUGAAUGAGUAUCUACCCGCUAUGACUAUAGUAACACUGAAUCAUCUAAUCCCUUUGAUUUUUAAUUAUUUCAUAAAAUUUGAGAGUUAUAAUGCAUUCUGUACUCAGCAUUUAUCUUUCAUUCGUGCCAUUAUUCUCCGUCUUUUAUUAGUUAGUGUGCUAUUUUUUUCUAUUUUUACUGUGGCCAGCUGUAAACCAAAUAAAAGUGAGUGUGUAAGUUCUAGUUGUAAGACACCUCUUUGCUGGGAGGUGUAUUUUGGACAACAAAUUUAUAAACUUUUAAUUUUCAAUUUAGUUGUUGAAAUACUUUUAACAUUUUUUAUCAAUUUUCCAAGGAAAUUACUCGCUAGUCAUAUGUCAAAUAAUUUUGCACAAUUCAUCGGUAAUCAAACAUUUAAUGUGAGGAAACAUAUAUUGGAUAUUGCUUAUAUUCAAAUGAUUUGCUGGUCAACUGCUUUCUAUGCCCCUCUUCUUCCAAUGUUAACCACCUUUGUUCUGUUCAUCACCUUUUUUCUGAAGAAAUUUGCGUGCGUAGUAAACUGUGCACCCUCCGCAAGUUUGU